AUGGGUGAUCACGCCAACAAGGACGAGGGUACGCGGUGCCUGCACAUCGCAGAGCAGGCCCUCCAGGCUGGGGACCUGACCAAGGCAACCAGAUUUGCUGAAAAGGCGAUGCGCCUAUUCCCCAACGACGAGGUGCGCAAGUUUAUCACCAAGCUGGAGCGAGCCAGGAGCAGCAACGGUUCGUCUUCCAGCACGGGGGCCAGGCCGGCCGGCCCAGUCCCCACUGCCAGGAGAGGCGCCGCCCAGCCGGGGGGCAUGGGUCCUCAGCCAGGCCUGAGGCAGCGCGGCGCACCAGCCUCCAGCGGUGCUCAUGUGCACGAGACUCCGGAUGAGGAUCACAAGGCCACUCCCGAUCAGCGACAGCUGGUGGCUCGCAUCCGGGCCACAACCUCCUAUUACGAGGCACUCUCGCUCAGUCGGAGCGCAAGCGACGACGACUUGAAAAAGGCAUACCGCAAGCUGGCUCUGAAGCUGCACCCCGACAAGAACAAGGCACGAGGUGCCGAUGAGGCUUUCAAGAUGGUCUCCCGCGCCUACGCCUGCCUCUCCGACCCCCAGAAGCGCGCCCACUACGAUGUGCACGGCAGUGAGGACGCCCUGUCCCAGCAGGCGAGGCCGAACGGCGGCGGCAUGUACGCCCAGGGUGGCAUCGACCCCGAGGACCUCUUCAACAUGUUUUUUGGGGGCAACCCCUUCAUGGCCCAGCAGGGGGCCCGUGUCUACCGUGCAAACUUUGGCGGGGGACAGCACCCCUUUGCUGGCCGCCCUCGGGCUCAGCAGCAUGCGGAGGUCAACUCCCUGCCCCCGCAGAUCAGGCAGCUCCUGCAGCUGGCGCCCCUCCUGCUCCUCCUCCUGGUCACCUUCAUGUCGCGGCCCUCUGCCCCCGUCUUCUCGCUGCACAAGACCGCGGACUACCCGGUGAUGCUGUCCACAGUGAGGCACGAGGUGCCGUACUAUGUGCCCAACCUCAAAGCUUUCGAGAAGGAGUACCCUGCGAGAUCACAACCCAGAGCAAGGGUAGAGCAUCAUGUGGAGAGUGAUUAUAAGGAGGGGCUGCAGCAGGCCUGCUACAACGAGCGCAUGAUGCAGCAGCGCUACCGGUAUUAUGGCCAGAAGAAGAAGGCAGAGGAGAUGAAGCUGCAGUCCUGCGCGGAAUUGGCAGAAAGGUUUGCGCCUGGGAAAAGUCGGACUGCCAAAGCGCACUGA